AGUUCUGCGAGGAGUUCAAGGAGAAGUGUCCCAUCUGCGUGCCCUGCGGGCUGAAGCUGGCAGAGAAGACGCAGACGGCCAUCGUCCGGCACUUCGGCCUGCAGAUCCUGGAGCAUGUGGUCAAGUUCCGCUGGAACAACAUGCCUCGCCUAGAAAAAGUUUAUCUAAAGAACAAUGUCAUGGGCCUCAUAUCCAGUGGAACUCAAAGUAUUCUAGAGGAGGAGAGUCACAUUAAGGAUGUUCUGUCUCGCAUUGUGGUGGAGAUGAUCAAGCGCGAGUGGCCUCAGCACUGGCCUGACAUGCUGAAGGAGCUGGAUACCCUCUCCAAGCAAGGGGAAACUCAGACAGAACUGGUGAUGUUCAUCCUCCUACGUUUGGCAGAGGAUGUGGUGACUUUUCAAACCCUGCCCACCCAGCGGCGACGAGAUAUCCAGCAAACCCUCACCCAGAACAUGGAGAAGAUCUUCAGCUUCCUACUAAGUACUCUGCAGCAGAAUGUCAACAAGUACAGGCGCAUGGUUGAAGCACCCCAGGAACAAGAAGCCCUCACCACUCCACAGAAGGCUGAUCUGGCUCAGGAGCCAAAGGCCCAGGCAAACUGCCGCGUGGGGAUAGCAGCACUCAACACCUUGGCUGGCUACAUUGACUGGGUGGCCCUGAGCCACAUCACAGCAGACAACUGCAAGCUCUUGGAGAUGUUAUGUCUGCUCCUGAAUGAACCUGAGCUCCAGAUAGGAGCAGCAGAGUGUCUCCUGAUUGCUAAAGGUAAGCUGGAGGAUCGGAAGCCUCUGAUGGUCUUGUUUGGAGACGUUGCCAUGCACUACAUUCUCUCUGCUGCCCAGACAGCAGAUGGAGAAGGCCUGGUGGAGAAGCACUAUGUGUUCUUGAAGAGACUUUGCCAAGUUCUGUGCGCGUUGGGCAGCCAGCUAUGUGCGUUGCUAGGCUCAGAUGCUGAUGUGGAGACGCCAACCAACUUUGGAAAAUACCUUGACUCGUUUUUAGCCUUCACAACCCAUCCCAGCCAGUUUCUGCGCUCUUCCACCCAGAUCACGUGGGGAGCCCUUUUUCGACAUGAAGUUCUGUCUCACGACCCCUUGUUGCUGGCCAUGAUUCCCAAGUAUCUUCGUGCAUCCAUGACCAACCUCGUGAAGGUGGGCUUUCCCUCCAAAACAGACAGCCCCAGCUGUGAAUACUCCCGCUUCGAUUUUGACAGCGAUGAGGACUUCAAUGCCUUCUUCAACUCUUUCCGAGCCCAGCAAGGAGAGGUGAUGAGGAUGGCUUGUCGUCUGGACCCUCGAACUGGCUUCCAGAUGGCUGGCGAAUGGCUCAAGUACCAACUCACGGCUCCUGUUGAUACCGGACCCAUGAACUCCAAGACAGGCGAAGGUCUCUGCUCCAUCUUCUCUCCAUCCUUUGUGCAGUGGGAUGCCAUGACAUUCUUCUCGGAGAGCGUCAUCAGCCAGAUGUUUCGAACCCUGGAUAAAGAU